AAAGCUUGCAACUUCGACUUCGAAGCGGGCUUACAUGGUUGGAAAAAGACUGGAACAGCAUUUAACAAUCAACCUACCUACGGUGAUAACCCAACAGCUCGCAAAAGAGGACAACCAGCCAAACAGCAGGGUGACUGGUGGAUCGGAGGGGCCGAAAACAGGCCAUCCAAGGCAGCAACCCCUGGGGCACUUCAGGGAGAUGGUCCCCAAGGAACUCUUGUUUCCCCGUUCUUUAAGAUCGUUGGCAAACGGAUCUCAUUCAAGAUUGGAGGAGGCUGUGACAUAAAGACAGUUCGUGCUGAGUUGAUCGUUGAUGACCAAGUAAGACAGUCUUUCAGAAUUGCUUUUAGUUUUGUAGUUUGGUUGUGGGGCGGGAAUAUUUUCUCAUUUUAACUUCAAACACGGUGGGUAAUAUCACAAUAGGUGCAACAACUAGUGAUUCACAGGAGGACAUUUUAUGUUCCUUUAUACUCACUUAAGCUUGUCAACAGUUCAGGAGUGGUUGCGUUGCGUACAAGAAGUUCAAAUAUGUUUCUCGUUUUCAGGUUGUCAAAAGUUCUACUGGUUCAUGUUCUGAAACAAUGUCUCGCAAAUUCUGGGAUGUUCAAGCCUUUGUUGGUCGAACAGCACGUGUCAAGUUAGUGGACUUCAGCAGUGGAGGAUGGGGUCACAUCAAUUUUGAUGACCUCAGAGGCGAUAUUAGUUGUGGGCAAAUAUAA